AUGGAUUCCACCGGCCCUGAUCAGACACCUUUCGAGGCUGUCACAGCUCAUACUUCCAAGCUUACGAGGCAAUAUCAAGCCUAUUUGGAUCAAGUCACGCCUCACGUUCUACCCCGAUGGAUUGGGACAGGUGUCCUCCUCGCCACCUUCUUCGCGAGAAUCCUCUACGCGCAAGGGUGGUAUAUCGUGGCCUACACUCUUGGAAUUUACGUUCUCAACCUCUUCCUCGCCUUCCUAACCCCUAAAUUCGACCCUUCCAUUGAGCAAGAAGAGAUGGAGGAGGGCGGACCGUCAGCCUUACCGACAAAGGCUGACGAAGAGUUCCGACCCUUCAUUCGGCGGUUGCCAGAGUUUAAAUUUUGGCAUAGUGCCACCCGAGCCAUCGCAAUUGGGUUCUUCUGCUCCUGGUUCGAGCUCUUUAAUAUCCCAGGUACUGUGUAUUCAUCCGUCUAG